AUACAGUGGUCAAACAGGAGAAGUUACAGAACAGCAACAUUACGUGCAGGAUCCCAAUAAUAUUUAUCAGCAAACUACUGAACUUUCAGUUGAGACAUUAAAAGAAAACCAUUUCCAGGAGCGGGAUAGCAUUAUAGUACACGAACCAGUGGAAGAUAACGAAAAUUUAGAUUCCGAAACAUAUAAGGGGGAACAAGUGGAGGUAAUUCCGGUAGCAAUGGAACAGUUAGAAGCCGAAAGAAACCACGAUGAAGCGAUGGAAGAGUCUCUGGAAAAUCACCAGCCGGAGGAGGCAUCUUCUGCGCUAGACGUUGCGGACCCGAAACCAACCGAAGAUCCGGCAAACGAUGAGAACAAAAUGGAAGAAGACGAAGAAAUGAAAGAAGAGAGAUUAGAAGAAGAUAACGAACUCGAAGCAGAUAAUCAACAGGAAGGAGAUCAGUCCGAAGAUAAGAAAGAAGAUAAAGUAAAAGCAGAGGAAAAAGAUAAACCUAAAGUGCGCCGCAAAGACGGAGAACCCGCAGAUUUGGAAAUAUGUCGGGUGUGCACUUCUAAGGAAAACUUAUCCAAUAUUUUUGAUUUUGAAUCUUCAAUAAGAAUUUGUGACAUUAUUAUAAAAAUCUGUCCGACCGUUCGGAUAACAGAAAGAGACCAUCUACCGCAUAAAAUUUGUCAAAAAUGCGUAGAAAAAGUUAGAAUCGCGUUUGAUUUCAAGAACACUUGCGAAAACACCGAUAAGGAACUUCGAAAAACAUUGAAGCGUGCUUAUAACAAGAGUCGGAGAACUACGGAUUUUGUAAUCGUAAAUUGCCCUAUGUCAGACGAGGAGGAAAAUGAAGACGAACCGCAGGAUGAUGAUGAAUAUAAAGUUUCUCAGUCGGAAGUCGAGUCAGAACCAGUUACGUCUGACGAUAGCUUUGAGCCAGCGAACAAAAAGAAAAGGACACCGAAAAGACGGGGCCGUAGACCGAAAUCAGAAUCUACUCCAGGAAUUGUAACUGGCGUUAAGCGAAGACGAGGUCGACAACCAGGAUUUAAACUAGCAAGUCCUCCUACUGCAUCGCCAGCAGUCCCUCGUCGCGGUCCAGGUCGCCCUCCAAAAUCAGCCACGAAAGCAAAAUCCCCAGGAAUAGCUAAUGUUGUCUAUAUUGAAGCGCCAGAAGCAAGCUCAUCGGACAGCGAAGAUGAUAAACCGAUUAAACAACGCAAAACUCACGAUUGUACGAAGUGCGACGAAACUUUCAAAACCGGCGUCGAACUAAAGGAGCAUCUUCAGACCCACAAAGGCGACUUAUUCCCCUGUACCAAGUGUGAGAAAACCUUUAAAUCAAAGGUUUAUCUGUCUAAUCACUUGGAACGGCAUGAUCAGGAUGAUAAAAAACGAGCGGAAAAGAUGAAGGCCAAGGAACUCAAGAAGCAACAGCAGCGGCAAAAGGACAUCCAGAAGCGUCGCGAGUCUGAUUCCAAAAAACCAUUGUCCUCAGGGAGUGCAGAAAAGAAGAAAAAACUGGAACAACCCUCGCCGGCCAACAGCGGGAGAGAUCUGUUUAAAUGUGUCGCACCGCUCACUUCCACCUACUGGAGCGACAGUUUUUCGGAUUAAGAAGACCGGACGAUCGAACAGGUACGGCUCCUUCGCUGAUAAGCACUGUGCGUUUGGACAGCAGCGAGCGCUAGGUUUACUUAUACAUGGACCGGAUGUAUAUUUGGGAGAGUGCCAUUUUGAUCGUCUACAGAGAGCAACGCAAGUUUUAUAAAAUUUCAUCUAAAAGUGAUAUUUGCUAGCCGAAAAAAAUCUGGAAAUGGAUUGGAUUAUUACACCC